CUCAGUAUUUCACUCCAGCUAGUUAACGGUCAGAUCUCGAAACCCAAUGGCGGUGGCCAUCAGAGGAGGCCGAGGAGCAGGAGGCGGUGGACUUGGUAUGGGCUUACGUGGCUUUUUCUCUUACCGGAUCUUUGUCUCCGCCAUGUUCUCUCUUCUUUUCCUUGCUACUCUCUCCGUCAUUCUCACCACUCAUCCCUCCACUUCUCAUCACGACCCUGCGCUUCCGAGUGUUGGUAAUGCAUAUGUUCAACGAACCUUUUUAGCAUUGAAAUCUGAUCCACUUAAGACGAGGUUAGAUUUGAUUCAUAAACAAGCCAAUGAUCAUAUUGCUUUAGUUAAUGCAUAUGCGGCGUAUGCCCGGAAGUUAAAGUUGGAUAUUUCUAGGCAAUUGAAGAUGUUUGAUGAUUUGGCUCGGAACUUUCCGAUCUUUCUCUCAAACCCACUUACAAAGCUUCUCUUUUUGAGCCUGAGGGUGCUGUUGAUGAGGAUUGUUUGA